UAUGGCCAUUGCUGCGGUUAUUUCCGUGUCCCUCUAUCUGAUGUCAUGUAAAAUAUACACAAGAUGAAAGGGUUCACGGAAAUUGGAACUGAACACAGUGAAUCAUCUCCUUUACAAUGGGAGGGCCUCUUAAACUUCUGAUGCUGUCGAGAGACCUGGAUUUGUACUUAUAGUUCCGCAAGAGUCUACACCGUGCAGAUCUAUCCAUGGGACAAUUCAAGAGCUACAAGACCCUGACCGCGGGGUUAAUCGUUCUGAUUUUGGUGUUCUAUCUCAUGAUGUCUUGGCCUGAGCCCAUGAACCAUUGGAUCCCACCACCCCAUCGUGCCUCUAAACAUGCCUCUGAGCCCAACAACUGGGACGCUCUCCCUCAAGAACUCACCAACCUGACCAGCCUUCUGUACUGGCCUCCGACUGGUGGAAACAAGGAUGACUUUUUGGCUUCCACCAGCCCCAGAACCUCAACUUACCACUUGAAGGAUCCUUCCCAGACCAACUAUACUCUGGGAAGUAAUCUAGAGGCCAUUCUUGUCGCUAGGGACCACCAGGGUAGGCCCAAGACUCAUGGUGGAGAUCUAUUUCGGGCACAGCUGUUGGGGCAGGAGUUGAAAGCAGGAGUCCCAGGGGAGGUGAAGGAUCUGGAGAAUGGCACGUACCUCUUGUCCUUCCCCCUGCUCUGGGCUGGACCGGCCCAGGUGCAAGUGAGGCUGAUCCACUCCAGUGAGGCAGUCGGGGUCCUACAGAGGGUCUGGAAAGGAAAACGGGCCACCGUUGACUUUAGGGGGUAUUUUCGAGGCAGGGACGGCGCUCAAGAGACUGUGAUCUGCAAUGUGGACCCCCAGUCAACUGGAGCCCAAGGGCCCACCUGCCAGUACAGGGAUGUGGUCUCUGGGGAGCUCUGGUUCUGUGCUCAACCCUCUACUCUGCCCUGUGAUGCUUUAGUCGGUCACUCCAGUGGAAGUUACCUGAAGGUGACCACACGGCAUGAUGAAGAACUGAUGGCUGGGAGUGUGACUGACCAGCCACUCCCUUCAGGCAUAUCUUCCAUCCUGGUGACACCAGCAGCCAUUGGGAACAUGAGUGAUGUGGCCUUGCCCUCUCGGCCCCCAUGCCGCCCUGGCCACCUGUCUCCAAAACCCUCUGGCUUCUACUACCAAGACAGAUGGCGCUCAAUGUUCUGUUCUAGCCGCUCUUUCCCCACUGUGAGCAGCAUCUUGAACUGCCUGGCUGGCCGCAUUGUCUACAUGAUGGGGGAUUCCACCCUUCGGCAGUGGUGGGAGUAUCUGCGAGACACGGUGCCCUCUCUGAAGCCAGUUGAUCUACAUGUCCAAUAUCAGACAGGUCCCCUGAUGGUUGUGGACACAACUCGGGGGACAGUGUUGCACUGGAGGGCCCACAGCUGGCCCCUGCGCUCUCGUCGCACUCCAGUGGCCUCUUUGCACUCUGUGGCCAGAGUUCUGCAUGGCCUGGCCGGGGGUCCCUACACAGUGGUGGUGCUCGGUAUGGGAGCCCACUUCACCACCUUCCCUCCAUCCAUCUUUGCUCGAAGACUGGCAGGGAUUCGGGAAGCUGUGAAAGCCCUGCUGGACAGGGAACCCAGUACUCUGGUGGUUAUCAAACUGGCCAAUACUGGCUACAAAUCCGUGUAUGGCAGUGACUGGCUCACAAUCCAGGUGAACAGGUUCCUCCGCGCUGCCUUUGAUGGACUCCAAGUGGCCUUUGUGGAUGCAUGGGAAAUGACCUCCAGCUUGGCUGUACCGGACAACAUCCACCCAAAGAAGCUUAUUGUCCGCAACGAAGUAGAAUUAUUCCUGUCCUUCAUCUGUCCCACCUGAGUGCUCCUGAGGGACCUGAGAAUGAAUGGAUGCAGAGCCUGAGUGGGAACCAUCAAAAUGAUGGA